AUGGCAGUCCAACAUGGUGUCGCCAGUUUUGUCCGUCACCUCAUUUGGCCCAUGAUAUUUCAGGGAUGCUUUAUAUUAGAGCGACAUUGCACAUCAACUUUGAGUUUGUUUACUUUUCCAAUGGAACCAGAUGAUAUAGUUAGAUCCUUGAUCACCAUAGUUGGAAGUUUCGUCCAAGACCGGUUGCUCGAUCAAAGGAAAAGGGCCACCCUGAAGGAACAAUGUGGUGAGAGAUUGGCAGCAGAAGAUGAAAGCAAUAACAAAGACACAGAGUUUAGGUACUCUGAUCAAGCAGUUUUGGCAAAUUUAGAUUGGGGUAUGGAUGCUUUCGAGGAAGCCAUCAAUACAUCUAAUAUUGAAACUAAGAUGGCAAGACUUGACUAUGCAGAGAAGAUGUUGCAAGUGUGUGCUAUGUUGAAUACUAGUGAUAAAACUGCUGGGGUCCCUAACUGCUAUCUUUCAGCUUGGGCUCACCUUAAUCUUUCCUACUUAUGGAAGUUAAGGAACAAUGCGACAAAUGUUGUUCUUCAUGUCCUUGAGAUGUUUUCUGUUGAUCCCUUUUUCUCACGAAUUGAUUUUGCUCCAGAACUUUGGAAAACACUGUUCCUCCCUCAUAUGAGUUCCAUUGUUGGUUGGUACUCGGAGGAAAGGCAUAGAAUAAUGAUGGACUUGAUUCCAGAUUCAGCUGAUUUGUCCUUCAAUGUUGAUUUUGAUCUGUACUUGGAUGAGUCUUUGGUCUUUUCUAUGAGACCAGAUCAGGCAGACAAAUUGCAGAACUUGGAAAAGCUUUAUGGGCAAUCUUUGGAUGAUAAUACGAGGCUUUACACAAAUUACUUCAAAGAUUGCAUGAAUUAUAGUUCUGCCACUAGCAAGAGGCCUAUUCCAAUGUUACCAAUCGCAGAGCCUCCUAUGACUCCUUUACAUGAGGUAAACAGGAAAAUUCCUGAUUACGUGAAAUUCAGUCCCAUCUUGCCUAAGAGUGCAGGGUUCUCUCCAGUUCAAAAAGCGAAAGAGAAUACAAGAGAAACAUCCAGUUUGAGUGCAACUAACACUUCCUCCGAGAACCUUCUGGACUCUGAUGCAUGGAAUAAUCGAGUGGGAAUCCCAGAGGAGACUGAAGACUCUGAAAAAGUUGCAAACGCAAAGCAAGAAGGAAAUGGUAAGGAAGAGGCAAGGUCCAUCUUGCGCUUACAAUCCACACGAGACAUGGAUUUUAAAGUUACCACUUCCUUACCCACAUCACCACAGGUGCAUCAUGAUUUCAGCAUUAACUCACCAGACUUGAAUAAUGAAUCUAAAGAGCAGCCAAAAAGUGUAAGGAAAAUUUUUGCUCAUGGUGAUGGACGAAAUUCUGGUUAUGCAAAUGUAAAUAAUGAAGCACUAGAAAGGAGUUUUACUAGAGAAAAUGAUAGCAGGAGCCCAAACUUUGGUUCUCCUCAACAGUUUGAGAGAUCAACGCAAUCAAGGCCACCAAAAGAUUUUGUCUGCCCUAUCACUACCCAGAUUUUUUCUGAUCCAGUGACCCUAGAAACUGGUCAGACUUAUGAAAGAAAGGCCAUUGAAGAAUGGAUGAAGAGAGGGAACACAACAUGUCCCAUCACAAGGCAGCCUCUCUCUGCCAACGUACUUCCAAAAACGAACUAUGUAUUGAAGAGACUCAUCACCUCUUGGAAAGAACAGCAUCCUGAUCUUGCUCAUGAGUUAUCGUAUCCUGCAACACCAAGAAGUUCCUAUGGAAGCCCCUCUUCUGGACAAAUAGAAUCAACAUAUACAUCAAAGACAUCAAAUCUUUGUGACGAUAAGAAUAAUGGUGAUGAUUGCUGUAAUUACAAGCCAAGAAGAUUCAUGCAAGCUACAGUCGCAACAUCACCAACUAGUGUGAUAUCUCAAGCUGCAGUUGAAGCCAUUAUCAGUGGCUUAAAACCUUUUAUUUCAUGCCUAUGUACUUCAGAAGACCUAAAAGAAUGUGAAGAAGCUGUUUUGGCAAUUGCCAGGAUGUGGAAGGAGUCAAAUGCUGAUCCUGGGGCCUAUGCUUGUUUAUCUACCUCUGAAGCAGUAAAUGGUUUCAUGGAUGUAUUAUCUGCAUCUUUAAGCAGGGAAGCUCUUGCAAAAACAGUUUAUAUCCUGUCUGAGUUACUGGUUGCUGAUGACAAUUUUAGAGACGUCCUAACAAGUGUAGACUUCGAUUUUGAAUGCCUGGCUGCUUUGCUGAAAAAUGGUCUUCCUGAGGCUGCUGUUCUAAUAUACGUACUGAAACCGACCUUCUCACAGAUGUCUGCACACAACUUAGUGCCACAAUUUAUUCAAAUAAUUACUAGUAAAUAUGAAGAUUCAAAGGAUCAUGAGCUGUUGAUGAAUCCCAAGGACGCUGCCAUAGAGUUGGUAGAGCAGGUUUUAAUUGAAGGAGAUGAGAAUAGCAGGUCUUCUAAUGCUUUGAGCAUUAUAUCAGCAGAUGCAGUACCUAUUUUAGUCAUGUGUUUAGACAAGGUGGAUAUAAGGCAGUCUGUUCUGUUUAUUCUACUGUGUUGUAUCCAUGCAGAUAAAAGUUGUAGGAACUUGAUAGCGAACCGAAUAGACUUGUGCCUUGUUCUUGAAUUAUUUCAUGCUGGAAAUGAAAAUUUGAGAGGCAUGUGCAUAGAUUUUCUCUCUGAGUUGGUUCAAUUGAACAGGAGAACAUUAUGCAAUCAGAUUUUGCAAAUUAUAAAGGAUGAAGGAGCAUUUAGCACAAUGCAUACUCUUCUCAUCUAUCUACAAAAUGCCCCAAUGGAGCAGCAACCUGUUGUUGCUUCACUUCUUCUCCAGCUUGAUAUCCUGGUUGAGCCUCGGAAAAUGAGUAUUUACCGGGAGGAAGCAAUUGAGACACUAAUUGACGCACUCCUCAAGAAGGAUUUUCCAAAUUUACAACUUAUGGCUCUUGAUGCAUUAUCAACUCUAUCAGGGCAUCUUAGUUCCUCAGGGAAGUCUUAUACUGAAGCCUGGUUACUCAAUCUGGCUGGGUUCAGUAAACCUUAUGAAGCUUUUAUGAAAAACGAAAAACUGAAAAUGAACCAAAAGGAACUAACAGAGACAAUGGAGAAAGCCACAAGUUCUUGGGAGAAGAGGGUAGCUUUUGUACUCUGCAACCAUGAGAAAGGCCUUAUUUUUAAUGCUUUAGAAGAAUGUCUUAAGAGCAAAUCUGUAGAUAUGGCAAAGAAGUGCCUUAUCACAGCCACAUGGCUUGUGUACAUGCUUUAUAACUUGCCAGACACAGGCGUAAGAGAUGCUGCUCAUAAGUCCUUGCUCCACCAAUUUAUAUACAUACUACAAUCGUCUAAGAACCUUGAGGAGAAGAUUUUAGCAACCGUUGCUUUGAGAAGCUUCAUUAGUGAUCAAGGUGCACUUGGUGAAAUUGGUGGUUAUGCUGAAGUCUUGUACAAAACCUUAAGAAAGCUGAAGAGGAGCUAUGUGGUUGUCAGUGAUAUAAUGAAAACUUUGAUGAAUUUGCCAUCUGUCAAUGCAGCAGAAAUGUGGUCUGCUUCAGAAGGAUUAGAGACUGAUUCAUCAAUGAAUGGAGAGGUUCUAUCCUUGCUUGAUGUUAAAGGUCGUGUGUUAAGCAGCCAUUCUGAUGGAACCAUUAAGGUGUGGGAUGCAGGUAAGAGGGGUUUACGAUUGAUUCAGGAGGUCCGUGAGCAUGCAAAGGCUGUCACAUGCCUCUAUAUUCCACCUUCGUGUGAUAAGUUUUAUAGUGGUUCCUUGGACAAAACAAUACGGAUAUGGGUAAUCAAGCCAGAAGGGAUUCGUUGUAUUCAAGUUCAUGAUGUUAAAGAGGCAGUCCAUGGGUUGACAGCAGAUGCCAAUUUUGCAUAUUUUUUCUCUCAAGGAGCUGGAUUUAAGGUUUUUGGGUGGUCAGGAAUCACCAAACAUAUUAACUUGAAGCAAUCUGUCAAGUGCCUUGAUAUGAUCGGAGAUAAAGUGUACUGUGGUUGCAGUGAUUUCAGUAUACAGGAAGCCGAUUUGCAAAAGAGCACAACAACAUCAUUUUACUCGGGGACACGAAAAUUGUUGGGAAAACAAUCGAUAAACUCCAUAUCUAUUCAUGACGAUCUUCUCUUUGCUGGUGGCACAUCAGUAGAUGGAACAGCAGGAAAGGUAUUCUCUGUAUCGAGUAGGGCCGUGGUGGGAUCGUUGUCGAGUGGAUUUGAUAUCCACUACUUGGCUGUGAACAAUGAGUUGAUAUUUGGAGGCACAAAGAAUGGGAUAAUUGAAGUAUGGCUGAAAGAAAGGUUAACAAGAGUUGUUUCCAUCAAGAUGUCAGGGAUUGGCAAAAUCACAUCUAUGGCAUCAAAUGCUGAAGGAGAUAUGUUAUUCACUGGCUCUUCUGAUGGCAAAAUCCAGGCUUGGGAAUUACAUUGAAGAAAGUGAAAAAUGCCACUUUACCAUACAAAUUACAUAUUUUUGAUCAUCAAUCCUUGUGCUGAGAAUAAGUAUUUGGUUCAAAUAUAUCGUAUAUGACAAGCUAAAUUUCGUAUUUUCAUAUAUAUAUUUUUUUAUCAAAAAUAUGCAAAAUCAAUUUUCAUGAUUAAUAUGUAUCGGUUCGUCUUGUUUACCUUCUCAUAAAUCCCAUAUAUCCAGACAUGCGACUCGUUACCUCAC